GUUCAGAUCACCUUGAAAUCCGGUCUUCAAUUAUGUCAGGGGGCCAUUAAAAUUUUAGCAAUUUACCUGAGAACUCCCGCGCUCGCUCUUUCCUCGACCGACGAAAGGAAGAAAGAAAGACGGGAGACGCACUUAUUACAAGUGGAAUUGGACAGGUUCCUCACCAAGAACGUGUAGUACAGUACUAUUUACCUUCACGUAGCAGCUCCGCUCGGAUGCAGACAACCGUGUCAUCCUGAACGUUGUUCAGCUCAACCAUCCAUCCCAUUCAACCAGUAAUGUUUCUUCAUUCGCGUAUUUGGAAGGCUCGCGAUCAACUCCCGAUCUCGAGAACCAACUUAAAUGGUGGCGAAUCUCAAAUCUAUCCUCAACCACAACCAGAACAAUGAAGAAAGUGCUUGAGAUCACGUGGGUUGUGGUGAUCUGUGUGGGACAGUUGACGGACUUGGGAAGUGGAGAGUGUAUCUGGUACGACGAGUGCGGAACCGAUCCUUUCACCGGCAAAACUUUAAAUUGUCGUUAUGAUGGACCGCCCAAAAGAGCCACUGAAGAUGACAUUGCACUUCUUCAAGGUAUCUGUCCCUAUUAUGACCGGAAUCAGACGGAGUUCUGCUGCUCAAGCACUCAGCUUAGGAAUAUUGCCAAAGGUUUUGGGGUGAUUGCAUCCCUCUUAGGGCGAUGCCCAUCUUGCUUGUAUAACUUCAAGCAAACAUUCUGCGAUUUGGCUUGCAGCCCAGACCAAUCCAGUUUCAUGUCAGUGAAGGAGGAGCUCAUUCUCAACGGCUACAAUGGUCAGAAUGUGAGCUUGGUCAAGGCAUUGACGCUGAACGUUUCCAAAGAGUUUGCCACCCAAGUCUAUGACUCCUGCAAGCACGUGGUCAACCCUUCCACAAGUGGGUCCGUCCUGGAACUCAUGUGUGGAUCCUGGGGUCCCUUGUGUACUCCACAACGCUUUUUUAGUUACUUGGGGGACCCCUCCAAUCAGAAUACCCCUAUCAAGAUCCACUUCAACCUUUGGUCGGAAGCCGAUCCCACAAGACCCUUCCUGUACAACCGGUCUACGGUGACUUGUGAUCAAGUUGCUCCCAAUCAGAAGUCUUCUUGCUCUUGUACGGAUUGCGAGAGGGCUUGCCAAAGUCCGGAUUUUUACGAGGCAUACAAUUUGCCUAAUGAGGAUGGGCAGAGAUUCUUCCUCCUUGGUCUGAUGUUUGGAUGCAUUGGAGUAUUCCUGUUUGUCACCAGCCUCUUCAUUGCGUUUCUAUGUCUGCGAAAAAGAUCUCAGAUUUAUCCCAUGAUGAGCUCAGGCGAUACAGACCAGAAAGAAUCCGUUAUGAACGCCGCAUCAACAGGCUUGAAUAGCUUCAUGGCUGAUCUCUUCUACAGAUGGGGAUUGAUCUGUGCAACACAUCCCGCAACGAUUAUGGCUGUGGCGUUUGCCCUGGUCAUUGUGGCCUCGGCUGGUUCAAUGUUUAUCCAGAUCGAAACGGAUCCAGUCGAAUUAUGGUCCUCCAGAAAUUCCAGGUCUAGAGUGGAAAAAGAUUUCUUUGAGACGGCAUUUCAACCGUUUUUCCGUGUGCAACAAGUUAUCUUAAAACCC